AUGGACAAUAUUCCAGGGGAUGAUUGUUUAGGAUCACUACCAACAAAAUAUAAUUACAGAAACUUUGAUAAUGGAAUAGGAUCAUGUCCUGGAGAUGUUGUUGGUAUUUCAUCUGGCAUAACGGAAAUAUUUCGUCAAUUCGGUUUAAAUGAAAUGAUUUCUGAUAAAAUUCUAAGAGCUUUGUGUUAUGUCUAUGAUAAGUUUAAGCGUAAUCAGGUUGAUGACAGUAUCUGUGACUAUUUGUAUUAUUGGUUAGGUGAUAGGUUAAUAAAUAAUUUAAAAAAUAGAUACGAAUUUAAUGUAGUUAUUUAUAGACUUUUUGAUAUAUUUUAUAAAAAUAAUAAUUAUCAGUUUUGUUUUCCUCGAAAUACUGUUAUGGAUUUUGUAUAUUUUCAAAAAACUAAAUUAAGUUUUGAUUAUUUUAAAGAUUAUGAUAAAUAUAUACUGGAUUUAGCCAAACAUAACCGCUCUUGUAAAAAGAAUACAUUGAUUACUUUACAAUAUUUGUCGAUAAUUAUAAGCAGUUAUAUAAAGAGUGUAUUACAGAAUAUCAUGAGAAUAAAUAUUUUUGUAAACAAUUUCGUUCUUAUUAUAAACCUGAGAAGCACGAUGAAUUAA